AUGGGCGCCAUGCUGGGCAAACUCUGCGUUGGCUGCUUUGGGCUGAUCUUGGUUUUGAACAUGUUGUGGGCUGCAAUUGCAAUGAAAAUUCUGAGUUUCUUCCCGUUGCAGAAGAGGACGAGGGAAGGCAUUUCGCUAGGGCUGGUCCAGGCCUGCUGGCGAAUAACCCUCUUCUUCUGCCCUUGGUUGUCAAUAUCCUAUGACAGCGAGACUGCGCCUGCGUGGAGGGAGAUGCAGCAGAAGAUGGAGAACGUGACGGAUCACCCUCUCAUGGUCCUCGGAAAUCAUACUUCCUUCUUUGACGUGAUUGUUGCAACUAUCAGCAUGCCCACCGAAGUGCUGACCCGUUGUCGAACUUACAUGGAUGCGCAUUUGUUCGAGCUGCCGCUGCUGUCGACGAUUUGCCGUUCCGUGGGCCACUUCCCUGUUUACUUCAUGAGCGACGCAUCUGGUGUCUUCAAGGUGGACAAGGAAAAGAACGAGAAAAUUGACCUAGAAGUUGACAAGCACCUGCAGACUGGCGGCUGGCUUUGCUUCUAUCCAGAAGGUCAGGUCAAUCGGGAGCCGGAGCAGCUGCUUCCCUUCCGUUACGGUGGCAUGAAGAAAGCUUUGGAUUUUGACGCGCGAAUGAUCUCUGUCGUCUGCUGGGGAAACGCCAAAGUUUGGCCUCGAAAAAUGCAGAUCGGAGGGUUCCCAGGUUCCGUCAAGAUUAGCUGCCGCCAGCUUGCACCAGACGGCGUAAAGGCGCUGGUGAAACAGCUCCGGGACUGCGAGGACACCCCAGCAGAGGACAAAGAGUCAGAGGACCACGUCCUGCUCGCAAGGCACUUGCAGCGUGUUAUGCAGAAGCAGUACGAUGAUUUGAAAGCUUCCGUAGCGAACGGCAAAGCAAAAGGAGAUUAA